UUUCCUAAAUGCUAAUUGUCAUUUCGCUUCCAAAACCAGAGAAAAAGCACACAGAAAACAGAAAGGGAAUCGAUCACACUCACUAAAGGGGCGGACCUGAGAUCACAUCACGGUUGUUAACCCUAAGAGGCUUCCAGCAUCUUUGCCACCAUGUGGAGAAGACUCUCUAUCCAGCUGCUCCGAUCCACUCCUACGCUCUCCAGAUUCGCAGCCGCUUCUUCAUCUCCGUCUACGGCGGUCCUCCGACCUUCCGUCGCUCCCCUGUCUCGUUACUUCAACGCCGUCGCUGAAAAUGUUUCGAAGAAGCGAGUCGAAGAUGUAAUGCCUAUUGCGACCGGUCACGAACGGGAAGAGCUCCAAGCUGAGCUUGAAGGAAGACAGAUCCUGGACAUCGACUUUCCUGAAGGCCCUUUUGGCACUAAGGAAGCACCUGCUAUUGUCAAAUCCUACUAUGACAAAAGAAUUGUCGGGUGCCCUGGAGGGGAAGGCGAGGAUGAGCAUGAUGUCGUUUGGUUCUGGUUGGAGAAAGGCAAGCCACAUGAAUGCCCUGUGUGCACACAGUACUUUGCUUUGGAUGUGGUUGGCCCUGGAGGACCACCCGACGGUCAUGGCGACCAUGAGGACGAUCAUCAUCACUGAAACUGCAAUUCUUCCACCAGAAUAACUCUGGUUUAGAUUUUGACAGAUUAGUUGUUCUGCAAAAUCUGGAUUCAAAAGCUGUGUUUUGUUUGCUUUUGCUGGAUCUAGCAUUCUCAUUGUUGCAAUUGCAACAGAUAAGCACGACACACUGAUACAGUGACUCUCUAAUAAUUGAAGUUAUUGGAAGACAAAACUUCAGUUAAUAGCAAUUUAAGAGUGUUUUUUGCUGCAUAAAUGUUGGAUCAAGUCUAGUGACAAUAUUUACACUAUUCGUUAAAGUUAUGCUCUCUUGUACUUGAUUAUGGAAUCACCUUCAAAUUUUAAUUUUAAUUUUAAUUAAUUAAGUUCCAAGAAA